AUGUUAUUGCGUCGUGAUGAAUUGCAAAAACAAGUGGCUGAAGGCAGUCUUAGUGUAUCUGGCAGUAAUGAUGUGUUGACCUUGGCUUUGGGUCCCGAGCAUCCAGGGAGAGUAAGAGGGGUAGGUGCUGGGAUUUCCCCUAGGCAAUUCUUCAAUUUACCUAGACAACAGAGGGUAAAGUUUGCCGAUCAAUUGAAGGAAAGUGUAAGAAUUGUCCUUCAAGAAGAGACUAAGAAGAUGGAAGCUAGAUCAAGGGAAGAGACUUUAAGGAUGGAGGCUAGAACCAAGCAAUUGGUAGAGGCUGAGAGGGAACAUUUACUAAGUCAGCUUUCCCAACUCAUCCCCAAUUUUGAUCCAAGCAUGCUUAAACCGAAAACUAGCCCCUGUCAAAACCAAGGUGUAGAGCAAAGUCCCAAAAAUCCAAUGUCUGACAAAGCAAGCUGUUCUGGGGCUGAUGUGAGAUCCCUACAUUUAGAGGAUGAUACUGCCAAAAAUGGGGAACAGCAGGAAGAAACGAAGGAAGAAAAAAAGGAAGAGAAAAAUGAUGAAGAGAAGAAAGAAGAAAAACAAGAUGAAGAAAAGCAUGACGAAGAGGGUAAUGAAGUAGUUGAUUAUUCAAAUGUGGAGGUGCCAUCUUCCUUACAAUCCCUUUGUCGUUAUGUGGAAACGACACUAAAGCCUCAGGAGAAGAUCAUGACCUUCACAAUUGAGAAGGAGGUGUUUGGUGCAGAUCGCAGUACCUUCGUCUUGCAUGAAGAUAUUACACAGUUUGCAGGCAUGGAAGAAAUUGGGGCUACUGUGGUUGCAGUAUAUAUGAGGUGCUUAUAUGAUCGUUUGAGAGAAGCAAAUAUGUGCAGCAUGGUUGGCUUUAUCGACCCUGCUCAAGUUAGUGCCAACGCUGGGUCACUAACUGACAGAUCACGAAUUGUAGCCAGUCGACUUCAGAAAACAGAUGGUGAACAGAUUUUCAUGAUGCCUUACAAUCCAGGCCGUCAUUGGGUCUUGCUGAUUGUGAGAGCAAAGAGGGAAACCGUCUAUUUUCUGGAUCCUCUGCCUGGAAAUCGUGUGGUUGAUGAGGAGGGCAAAAACAUCGUGAACAGUGCUUUAAAAAUUUAUAAUUCCCACAUAGGCAGACCAGGCCGUAAAGCACCAAUUUGGAAAACUCUGCCAGGCACACCAAAGCAACCCAGCAGUGUCGAAUGCGGGUAUUAUGUGAUGCGCUUCAUGAGGGACAUCAUCAUGGAUCCUUCCUUGGAGUUUGAGAAGAAGUUUGCCAAGGGAAAAGAGCAAGCGCCAUACCCCCAAGAAGCCAUUGAUGAAGUCCGGAAUGAAUGGGCAGAUCUUGUUUGCCUUCAUAUGGAAUAG